UCUUUCAACAGCAGCAACAGUUAGUCAGACACCUCGGUAGCUUGCUAGACAAAUUAGACGAAACAAUAAAACUCUUUAGACGCUUUAGUGUAUAUCAGCCACUGUGUUUUAAACCCACUUCUGUCGUCUAGUUAGUUAUCCGAUUUACUUUAAUAUUUACGAUGAUAUUGGUCAGCUCAUGGCAAUUUAGAUUGCUGCUCAUUCAUUAGCCUAGCUAGCUAACAUCCACGACCAUGAGUUCACUAAGCUACUCUCCUACUGCUGAAGAAGAGGAGGUCUGCUGGACGGAGAAAGAGGGUCUGUGGCUGAACGUUGUCGUUAAAGAGGAGAAAGAAGAGGAGGCUGUUACAAUACAAAAACAAGUGGAGGGUGAGGCUGUUACCGUGAAAGAAGAAGAGAAAGACGUUUCAGUUAAAGAAGAGGAAGACACGUUCAGAGUGAAAGAGGAGGAGGAUGUUACAGUAAAAGAAGAGGAGAAAGAGGAUGCAGUUUUUGGAGUGAAAGAGGAGGAGGGGGAGAUGACUGUCACAUCCAAAAAGGCGGAGGAAGAAGAUGAGGAAACUGGAUAUCUGGGCCCGGUUUCCCAAACGCAUCUUAAGGCAUCCAAUGGUAACGAUGAAUUUAGCCAUACAAUGGUUUUGGGAAACCGGGUCCUAAUUAACACUAGAGAGCGACAUGAUGAUCGUGGAUCCUCUGGGGAGCCUCAACAACAUCAUGAUGCUGAAGAGGCAGAGGAGAGUUUUUCCGCAUCAGAACAUCUCAAGAAACAGAAGCGGAAACACACAGGGAAGAAACCUCACCACUGCUCUGACUGUGGGAAGAGAUUCACCUCUUCAGCAGACCUCAAAAGACAUCAGAGAAUCCAUACAGGAGAGAAACCUUAUAGCUGUGAUCAAUGUGGGAAGAGAUUUACUGAUCUAAGCAGCCUGAAAAGACACCAGAGAAUUCACACUGGAGAGAAACCUUAUAGCUGCACUGACUGUGGGAAGAGUUUUAAUGUUCCAAGCAGCCUGAAAACGCACCAAAGAAUUCACACGGGAGAGAAACCUUAUAGCUGUGAUCAAUGUGGGAAGAGUUUUGUUUCAUCUAGCCAGCUGACUGUACACCAGAGAACACACACAGGAGAGAAAUGUUAUAGCUGUGAUCAAUGUGGGAAGAGUUUUGUUUCAUCUAGCCAGCUUACUGCACACCAGAGAACACACACAGGAGAGAAAUCGUAUAGCUGUGAUCAAUGUGGGAAGAGAUACUCUGGUAAAAGAUCUCUGAUUAGACAUCAGAAAAUACAUGAAGGAGUUGUUCCAUGAUAUCAAUAAAAUGUCACAAUGUAGAACCCUAAACGUUUGUCCCCUGAUCUAUUGAUUUCAGCAUGAUAUGGAUAUUAGCCUCAUCAGGGGAAAAAUCCAGGUUCUGAAAUGAAAGAGUAGUAUUUAUUAUUAUUUAUGUGAUUAACAAAAAGUGUUGCGUUACACUUAUCUCGUCGGUGAUCCACUUGAAUCAAAAUGCAACUCUUCAAAAUGUAGCGAGCUGUUUACCACAAGUUGUCCUCUAACCAGUGAUGUACACAUUAAACCCAGAUUCCAUGUG